AUGUGGUCAGGUUCUGUUCCUGCUUUUGAAGAAUUUGUGAAGGCUCUCAAUGACAACAACAUCAAUCUGAAACUAACUCAUGUUAUUGAUGAGCAUGAAUUAGUUUUUUUAGAUCUUAAGAUUUUGCUACAACAAGACGGGACUAUCCAAACAGAACUAUUUAGGAAAGCCACCUCGACUAAUAGUCUGUUACAUUGGGAUAGUCACCAUCCAUAUAAAUUAAAAGCUUCCAUUCCUUAUGGACAGUAUCUACGAGCAUGGCGCAACUGCUCGGUUGACCAAACCUUUUACGAUGAAUGCAAAAUAUUAAGAUCGCGCUUUAAGGAACUUGGUUACCCGAACCGAGUUUUAAAAAGGGCAUUCCAGCGGGUCAGCGGAACACAAGUAAUCGAUGUUAUCGAGCAAGGAGCAGGGGCACACCCAGAUGGUCCCCAGAUUCCAGUUGCUUCUGAUAGUGAUUCAUUCUCCUCACCAGAUGAGGACAAGUUAGCCACUUUUGAGAAACAACUCGAAGAUGAGUACAAAGUUAAGAGCGAAGCAGAAAAGCUGAUAAAGGCGUAUUCUACCGACCGCUCCAAAGAUCAGAAACAUCUCAGUGAUGCUCAGAAAAUACUCCAUGACAGCAAAAGAAAAAUAGAAAUUUUGCGCAUGUUGAUUCUCCAACAUAAAGAAACACCUACAAUAAGUCCAUUGGAGAAACGCAUUGAGGAGUUGAGCCACCGAUUUGCGAUCGAGCGUGCCGUGGCUGAAGGAGCCAAACAUGCCAUCCAGAAAUUGGAUGGAAAGCCGCUUGUUGAGGCACAAUCAAUACUACAGGCGUCAAAUGAAAAGCUGGACCUCCUUAAAUAUUCCUUGCAGGAACGAGUGAAAGAACUUCCUGAUGGCCACCAUAGGAAGAGUAUAACCACCGAGGAACUGUCCCUUGGUUCAGUCAAAUCCAAGUCCAUAGCACUAACCGUUUUGGUUGAUUUAUAUUCUGAUAAAGAUUGUAAUAGCCAUUGUUACAAUAUUUAUUCUGAUUGUUUGACAGGUACUCUGAAAGUGCGAGUAAAGGGCUGUCACGGUAUUCUGGAGAAUGUACCUGGCAGACUAAAGGACCCGUCAGAUGUUCUCCCUGGCAGGAGUCCACGUCGAGGAAGAUUCUUAUUAAUGAACCGGAUCAGAAGAAACAACCGUGGCAGCAAUCAGAACAUCCAAGAGACUUUUGACUUUUCUAGUGAAGUCCGUACUCAGCUGAAGAUCGAUCAUAUUCCAGUGGGUUCAACAAGUUGGAAAACUGUUUCUAACCCAUCCUGGAAUAAGACAUUUAAACUGGAUUUAGAUAAGUCUCGGGAGCUAGAAAUAUCCUUAUAUUGGCAUGAUCAGAGAUCACUGUGUGCCACAAAGACUCUGAAGUUGGAAGAAUUCCUGUUGAACCCCAAACAGGAACUGUGUCUACAACUGGAACCACAGGGCACCCUUUUCAUCAAGGUGACGUUUUCCAGUCCUUUCACCCAGAAAAGGCCAAAGCUUCAAACAAUUAAGAAAUUAAUCUCCUCAAAACAAGAGGAGACCACCGAACCAGCUCCACUGGAGGAUGCAGCUAUUGAUGCUCAUUCGCUGCCAGAAUCGGAUACUGAGAGCGUGGAUUCAUCGGCGCCGGCUGUGGAUACUGAAACGGAAAAGACCAUCCAGCCAGCUCCAGAAGAAGAUGUUGUUACUGACAAUCCUAUAUUGCCAGUAGCCACUGAGAGCAUGCGCCCAUUAACACCUGAUGCUGAUACCAUUACAGAAGAGACCUUCCAACCACAUCCAGUGGAAGCUACAACUAUUGACAAUGUACCAGUAGUGGACACUGAGAAUGUGGAUUCAACACUACCAGCUAUCAACACCAUUAGUGAAGAAACUAUCCAACCACCUCCAGUGGAAGCUAGAAUUUUUGACAAUGCUCCACUGCCAGUAGCAGUAGAGGACUCUGUGAGCAUGGAACCAUUACCACCAGCUAUUGUAAGCUUGCUAGAAAUGACAAUCCAACCAGCUCUAGAAGUUGAUUUAGUUACUGACCCUACUCCAUUGCCAGUAAAGGACACGGACAGCGUGGAGCCAUCGGUGCCAGCUGUUGAUGAAAUUACAGAAAAGACAAUUCAACCAGCUCCAGAGGAGGAUGCAGCUAUUAAUCCUCAAUCACUACCAGUAGAGGACUCUGAGAGCAUGAAGCCAUUGCUGCCAGCUGACGAUGAAGAUACAGAAAAGACAAUCCAACCACCUCCAGAGGAGGAUGCAGCUAUUAAUCCUCAAUCACUACCAGUAGAGGACUCUGAGAGCAUGAAGCCAUUGCUGCCAGCUGACGAUGAAGAUACAGAAAAGAUAAUCCAACCAGCUCCAGAGCAGGCUGUAGUAAUUGACACGCCUCAAGUGUCAGCAGUGGACAAUAAGAAAGUGGAAUCAUCACCACCUGGUGCUGCUACUGAUAUGGAAAAAAACAUCCAAACAUCAACAGAGAAAGAUGCAGUUAUUGAUAUUGAUAACAUUGCAGAAGAAACCACUGGACCACCAAAGGGUUUAGUUUGUGACGCUGUUCCAUUGGCAGAAGCAGAUGUGGAAAAUCCAUCAUCAUCAGCUGGUAUUCAGCAAGGAGCUCGGCUGAGCAUUCAGGAUUUUGAUUGUCUCUGUGUGCUGGGAAGAGGAGCAUUUGGAAAGGUUCUGCUUGUUGAGUACAAGCGUACAAAGAGCAAAUUUGCUUUAAAAGCCCAAAAAAAACAAGACAUAACUGGAACUAAAAGAGUCCCAAGGCUUAUAUGUGAAAAGGAAAUCCUACAGACUGUGAGCGAAGUACAGCAUCCUUUCCUUGUUAACAUGUUGGCAAGUUUCCAGACUCAGGGUCAUUUUUGUUUUUUAAUGGAGUAUGCCGCUGGUGGGGACUUAAUGACCGAUAUUAGGAACAACAACUUUCAGCCAUUUUCCACAACCAGAGCUGUGUUUUAUGCGGCGUGUUGUGUGCUCGGCCUGGAUUUCUUGCAUCAAAACGAUAUUGUUCACAGAGAUCUCAAAUUGGAAAACAUUGUAAUUGACAUAGAUGGAUUUGCCAAAAUUACAGACUUUGGUCUUAGUAAACAAGGGAUGGGAUAUGGAGAUGAAGACCGAACAUAUUGUGGCACCCUGCAUUACAUGGCACCGGAAAUGGUUUGCGGUAAACCAUACACAACAUCUAUUGACUGGUGGAGUCUCGGUGCAGUUAUUUAUAUAAUGCUGUGUGGAAUGUAUCCCUUCUCAGGUAACAGAAGAGAGGUGAGGUAUAAUAUUGUCUAUUCAACGCCGCACUAUCCGAGGUUCCUGACUGCAGAAGCACGAUCAAUAUUAAGAAGUCUUUUGCAUAAAGAUCCCAAAGUCCGUCUAGGAGCCAGCGAGAAUGAUGCCUGGGAUCUGAAGAGCCACCCUUUUUUUAAACAUAUAGACUGGUUCGCAUUAUUGUUUAAGAGUGUCAGGCCGCCAUGCGUACCAUCCAUCGAGGGACCAGACGACGUCCGCUACUUUAAUAGAAUGUACACAUCAUGCGCCCCCAUUCUGACACCGCCAGGCGAGUCUGAGUCACUAUCUGAUGUAGAGCUGGAGCUAUUCAAAGAUUUUGACUGGGUUUCCGAUAGGAUUUAA